GUGUUGUUUUUUGUGUGUGUUUUAUUUUUUGUUUGGGCCCAGCUUGUUUUUGUUUUGUUAAAUUGUUGUUUGUAAUUUUGUGUGUAUUUGUGUGGAAAUAUUGUUUAACACCAAGGUUUUUCUUUCCUACCUGGUAAGGUAAUUGUCUCCGCCCCUUAAUCAGUUCAGGCACUGUUUUAAAAGCCAGGUGUAUGGAAUUAAGGGGGUGGCUCCCUCCUAGUGUCUGAAAUGUUUGUGAAGCUGUGUUUUGUGGAGAGAUGUGCAAAGAGUUAUAUAAAGAAACAAUUUAGAGCUCUAUGACGGCUGGACAUUGUAUUUUUUUCAUCGCAAACCAACAUUUUGGUGUCAGAAGUGGGAUGCGACGCUGAUUUCCAAGAGCUAAUUAUGGGUCCAAAGCAGCAGGCAAAAGGCCUCAAAGUGGCAGAAGCAGCUCCAGUGGAGGGUACAGAGCAGGAGGGAACUACAGGUCAGCCGACUUUGCAGUCCAGUGAUGAAACUGCGUCUGUGGAUAUGAACAGCAUUGCUGCCAUGUUGGAAAGAUGUCUUCAGUUCCAGAGUGACUUUGUUGACAGAUGGGACAAAGAAGAGUGUAAGCAAGAAAGGAGAUGGCACCAGAUGCAGGUUGAAAUUAACAAUCUCAGAGAUGAUCUGGAGAAGCAGCAGAAAGAUGGAGCACAAUCAGGCUCCUCAUCAGAAGCAGAUGUUGAGCCAGCCCCUAGGCCUCAAUCUAGAGGUGAGCCAGUACAGAGAGCAUGGACUCAAUCUGAUAUUCCAAAGUUUGAGGAGGGAGAUGACAUUGAACAAUACCUGACAACCUUUGAAAGGUUAGCAACGGCAUACCAGUGGCCCGAGAGGGACUGGGCAGUAAGAUUGGUGCCUCAUCUCACCGGUAGGGCCCGAGCAGCAUAUGUGGCCAUGGCUGCAGAGGAUUCCUGUGAAUAUGUUGAAGUAAAAGCAGCAAUCUUGACAAAGUAUGAGAUUAAUGAAGAAGUUUACCGACAACGAUUCAGAGAACCGGAGGUUCGUGUGAAUGAAACCCCUCGAGAGUUCUACAACCGUCUGAAGGACCUUUACUUGAAGUGGAUGCAACCUCAGAGGAGAAGAAAGGAGGAUAUUGGAGAGAUUCUCAUCCUGGAACAGUUCUACAGUUCUUUGUCACCGGAGCUGAGAGUAUGGGUCAAAGAGAGGAACCCAGCAUCGGCACAAGAAGCAGCAGAGCUUGUUGAGAAUUUCCUGGCUGCAAGGCGGGGACCAAAAACCUUCCGAUACAACCUACAACAGAAGUCCAGCUUACUGCAGGGUAAGUCUGUGGGGUUUGGUUUGGGUGGUGGUCCAGGUCAGAUAGCAGUUGCAGAGAAGCAAAGGGGAAAAAUAUUCUUAGCUAAGCCUAAGUCAGAAACAAAACCUAUUGUCUGCUAUUUCUGUGGUCAAGAGGGUCAUAUAAAACCAGAGUGCCCAUUGAGAAAAGCCAAAUCAGCAUAUUUUUGCACUGUACCAAGGCCAGUGUUUGCAGAAGACCAAUUUCAGGGUCUACAGAUUGUUGGGCAUAAAGGGUAUUCGACCACCCCCUACCACCCACAGACUGAUGGGCUGGUGGAGAGGUACAACAGGACAUUAAAGAGUAUGCUGAAGAAGUUUAUCUCUGUCAAUGGCAAGGAUUGGGAUAAGUGGUUACCCUAUCUUCUGUUUGCUUAUCGUGAAGUUCAAGAGGCAUCCACUGGCUUUUCGCCAUUUGAACUUCUUUAUGGCAGGCAGCUGAGGGGUCCGCUGGAUGUUCUUCAAGAGUCCUGGGUCGGCAAGAAGGAUCAAUCGAACAAUGUCAUCAGUUACAUUCUAAAUAUGAGACAGAAGAUGGAGGAGACAACCAACCUCGUCAGAAGGCACCUGGAGAAGGUUCAACAGCAGCAACAGACCUGGUAUGAUAAAACUGCCAGAUGCAGAUCCUUCAAACCAGGUCAGAAGGUUCUCUUAUUACUUCCAACAUCUGACAAUAAACUUCUAGCAAAAUGGCAGGGACCAUAUACGGUUGUAAAGAAGCUAAGUGCUACCACCUAUGAGAUUGAGAUGCCUGAGAGAAGAAACACCAAGCAAACCUUUCACAUCAAUCUGCUUAAGGAGUGGAAAUCCCGGCUCCGCCCCUUAGUCAGCAGUGCUUUGUGCGUGCUGUGGAAGAGGAAGAUGAUGAUGAGGCAACAGGAAUUGGAGGCCAUUAUUCCUUCAGAUCUCUUCAAAGAACAACCAGGUUCAACAGACUUGGUGGAGCAUGAUAUUCGUUUGAAGACCAGUGUCCCUAUCCGGCAACGAAUGUUUCAGAUCCCAGAGAAGAUGGCUCCUGUGUUAAAAGAGGAAAUUGAGGUCAUGUUGAAGCUUGGCGUGAUUGAACCAUCCACCAGUGAAUGGAGCAAUCCGGUGGUUUUGGUUAUCAAGAAGGAUGGGAGCAUCCGCUUUUGCAUUGACUUUAGAAAGCAAUUCUUGGCAAGAACACCUGAUUCAUCUGAGACGGUGCUGCAGACCAUUAAGCAAGCCGCCUGA